AUGGAGCUGUUUAAAGCUUUAAGUUUCUUCAGUAGAGGGAAGUAUGAAGAAUGUGCAACAAUAUGUACAGAUUUACUAAGAAAAACACCAUUGGAUCAGGCGAUCUGGGUGUUAAAAAUGCGUGCCUUAACGUUACAAGUAUACAUAGACGAUAUUGAAGGAGAAGAAGAAGGAAUCGCUGAAAGUCUAUUAGAUAAUUAUACAAUAUCUUCUAUGCCUAGACCAGGAACAUCCUUAAAAAAUCCUGGUACUGCUCAUCUAGGGCAAUACUUACGACCGAAAACACAAUCAGGUAGGCCACUGACGGGAGUUGUAAGACCAGCUACUCAAUCAGCAAUGUCUCAAUCGGUGGAACAAACAUUAAGAACACCAAGAACUGCUAUGACUGCCAGACCAAUUACAGCAAGUUCUGGUCGAAGCGUUAGAUUAGGUACAGCAUCUAUGUUAACAGAGCCUGGAGGACCUUUUAUACAACUAUCGCGUUUAAAUAUUUCUAAGUACGCCAGUAAACCCAGUGUUGCAAAACCAUUAUUCGAAUAUAUAUAUUAUCAUGAACACGAUGUAAGAUAUGCAUUAGAUUUAGCAGUUCAAGCCACGCAAGUCUGUCAAUACAAAGACUGGUGGUGGAAAGUACAACUUGGAAAAUGUUAUUACAGUUUAGGAUUGAUAAGAGAUGCAGAACAGCAGUUUAAAUCGGCAUUGAAAGAUUGUAAAACUAUUGAGACGGUCUUAAGGCUAGUUAGAGUUUAUGUUAGAUUGGAUCAGCCAUUGGCUGGUUUGGACGUAUGUAAGAAAGGCCUUGAAUAUUUUCCUAAUGAUGUCAAUAUCCUCACUGAAAUGGGACGUAUAUUCGAUGGUCUGAAUAACGCAAGCAUGUCGUUAAAAUAUUAUAAAAUCAUUGCACAGGAAGAUGCUUCGCAUACAGAAGCGAUAGCUAGUAUUGGGAUGCACCAUUUUUAUAACGAUCAACCAGAAUUGGCAUUGCGGUAUUAUAGGCGAUUGUUACAAAUGGGUGUAUACAACGUCGAAUUAUUCAAUAAUCUUGGAUUAUGUUGCUUUUAUUCUCAACAAUACGAUCACGUUGUAUCGUGCUUCGAGAGGGCACUCAAUUUAUCUACCGAUGAAAAUGUAGCAGAUGUAUGGUAUAAUGUUUCUCAUAUUGCUCUUACUGUAGGCGAUAUAACAAUGGCGGAAGAAUGUUUAAAACUGGCUAUUAUAAGCGAUAAUAGACAUGCUUUGGCAUAUAAUAAUCUUGGAGUCAUAAAAAUACGAAAUGGAAACCUAACAGCAGCGCGAACGUAUUUUCACGCUGCAGCUAAUAUUGCUAAUUUUAUUUAUGAGCCCCACUUUAAUAGCGCUUACUUGGCAUACGAUGUUGGAGACCUUCAGACAAGUUACAUCGCAGUACAAAAGUCUUUAAGCGCGUAUCCUAGUCACUGUGAUAGCAAAAUUCUCCUAAAAAAAUUAGAAAGAUAUUUUUCACACAUGUGAAUUUCGUAGUAAAGAGAAAGGAAUUCAUCCCACAUUACGA